AACUGCUCAAAAACGUAUAUGAUAAAUAAAUAAAUAAAUAAAACGCGGCGACGAGAGUAAAACCCAGUUUCUCCGUUGCGUCAUCUCUCCGGCGAAAGCUUUUAGUGCCCUAAAUCCCCAUCGUCGCUCUUCCUCAAUCUCUCUUUCUCCACUGAUUCAACUUCUCCAUCCCACUCGUUUCCCUUGCCAUUGCUCGUCACGGUGAAGCCCUAGCUAUUUCCUUUUUCUCAACGGUGAAGAAGAGUUGGAAUUUCUUGUUGGUUCUCUCAGGGGGUUUUGUUUGGGAUUGGUGAUUCUGUUCGUUGUUUCCAUCUGAGUUGAAAAUUAGGGUUUGUAGCCAGUUUCGCCGAUGGCUCCUGGGCGUAAAAGAGGAGCGAACAAAGCCUUGGCCAUAGGUGAGCUGAGAUUGGGUGAUCUCGUUCUUGCUAAAAUCAAAGGCUUCCCUGCUUGGCCUGCUAAGAUCAGCCGUCCCGAAGAUUGGAAACAGGUUCCAGACCCAAAGAAACACUUUGUUUAUUUCUUCGGAACACAAGAAAUUGGUUUUGUUACGCCACCUGAUAUUCAAGUCUUCACUACCGAGGCGAAGGAUAAAUUAUUACAAAAAUGUAAAGGUAAAACAGUCAAGUACUUUGCACAAGCUGUAGAGGAAAUCUCCGCUGCAUUUGAAGAGUCGCAGAUUCACAAGUCAGAUAUAUUGGAUCCAGCAGAAAUCUCCGCUGCAUUUGAAGAGUCGCAGAUUCACAAGUCAGAUAUAUUGGAUCCAGCAGUUCAUGACGGAAAAUCUGAUAAGUUUGAUUCUAGGUCUGACCCUUGUCUCGGUAAAUUAGUUGAGGAUAAUGGUGCAGAGACAAAGCCUGGCUUAGGGGAGCAAGAUUCGUCUAAAUCAAAUGACAGAACCACAUCCCAGAGUAGUGAGCCGGUGGAGCAUGGAUCACUUGACCCUAUCUUAAAGGUAGCAGAUUCUAGGGAUAAAAUUGACGGUGUCACUCGCACUGACCAUGGAAAGAAUUCGGCCAAUGGUCAGAGGAUAAUCAAGAAGACAGCUGGUGACACGAAGAAAAGAAGUAAAGAUGAGGUUCAUAGAGCCAAACGUGUGCCUGAUAAUCGAGCACCUUCUGACAGUCAUCUCCUAGGACAGAAAAAGGGUAAUAAAAAGGGACACGAGCAUGGCAGUAAAAUAGAAUCUCGUGACAAUAAGGUGGUUUUGGAUGUGAAAAUCGCUAGUUCUAAAAAGUCGAAAGAGUUGCUGAAAGAGAAACCUAUCGCCCGAGUCUGUGGUGAGAUUUUAGAGAAGAAAAAAAAGUUUGAAAGUAAACUAGGAAAGUCUGCAUCAGGAGUAGAUGAUAGUGAACGUGCUGCUAAAAGGGCACGGUCUGAAGAUGCGAAGGAUCAAAAACAAUGUAAGAGAAAACAUCUUCUUCCUGUUAGUGAAGGCAAGGCUGAACUAUCUGAUUCUACUGGCGUUGUAUCUAGUCUAAAGCCUGAGACUGUGUUAGGUGCCCAGGGAGGAAAAAAUCAAUUUGAUAAGGAAGCAGUCGCUUAUACUAAGCGCCGCAAAGAGACAGUGGAGCACACAAGUGUUUCCUCUUUUUCUGGGUCUCUCAAUAAAGAGGGGACAAAUCAUCCUGAACAGAAGAUAACUUCAUCUUCUGAUAGCGAUGUGAAGGUUCCAGCUGCUCAGCUGCCGAAGAGACGGAGGGCGGUUUGUAUCUAUGACGAUGAUGAUGAUGAUGAAGACCCAAAGACUCCAGUUCAUGGAGGGUAUACCAAUGUUCUCAAAGCUAAAUCAGCUUCUACGGAUGGUCCUAAAAGGAGUAAACAUCCUGAACAUAAGAUGAAGUUAUCUUCUGAUAGCGAUGUGAAGGUUCCAGCUGCUCAGCUGCCGAAGAGACGGAGGGCGGUUUGUAUCUAUGACGAUGAUGAUGAUGAUGAAGACCCAAAGACUCCAGUUCAUGGAGGACAUACCAAUGUUCCCAAAGCUAAAUUAGCUUCUACGGUUGGUCCUAAAAGUGCUUAUGCAUCCCAUAAUACUUCUAUUAAAGCAAAGCUAUUAGCUGGAUCUGCAGAAAGUGCAAAAACUGGGAAAGUACAUCUGUAUCAACAAAACAAGAAAAUGGAGGGGUAUAACUCACCUAUGGGAAAACCAGUCAAGGCGUUUCUCCCAAAGAAUAUCAAGCCGAACUUGAGUUCUCCUAAAAAUUCGCAUCAGUUGGUUUCAUUUAAGAAACAGGUGACAGGACAAAAUAAAACUCUAAAAGUCUCUGGUUCAGGAAUGCCAGAUAGCCUGGAGGGUCCUUCAAACAGCUCCUCUAUGGGAAAACCAUUCAUCGAGCUGACUCCACAGAAUGUCAGGCAGAUAUUUAGAUCUCCUAAUAAGUCUCCUCAGUUGUUUUCAACUAUGGAGCAGGUGGCAGGACAGAAUAAAGUUACGAAAGUCUCUAGUGUGGGGAUCCCAAAAAAAUGCCAAGGUGAUUUUUCCAAGGACGCAAUGGCUGGUUCAGAUAUAUUAAGCUCUUCUCAUUCAGAGACAACAAAUCAGAGAAGCAAACCAGCUUUGGAAGAAAACCCAACAGGCACUCCAAAAGUUGCAACUUGUCUGAACGAUGUUGGAGUGUCAACAGGCAAUUCUGAGAACUUGUCCGCUGACAUGAUUACUGGCAAUCAAGAAAAUGGAAGUGCCACAUUGAUCAGUUCUUGGAUGCCAGAUUCUUCUUCAUCUCUGAAGCAUCUAAUUGCAGUUGCCCAAGAAAAAAGAAAACAAGCACAUUCACAUACUUCACCUAUUGUGAAUAUAGAACAUAAUUCCUUUACCAUCGAUCCAAUGCAGACAAGUCAAAGCCCUUUCAUGGUUCAGAAUGUUUCAUCUUCUGCUGGCGAUGCCAUGCUGAUUGUUGCUCAGGAACCUCAAGAAGAUUCUACUCCAUCAAUUCAUGGCCACCAAUCCCCAUCAAGUAACCAAGUGGGGACUGAAGAGAAGGAAGAGAGAAGAUUUAGUUCAGGGAGUAGGUCGGUUGAGGGUUCACUGAGUGGUUCCACUGAGGCUGCGAUUUCUCGAGAUACGUUUGAGGGAAUGCUAGAGACCUUAUCCAGAACUAAGGAAAGUAUUGGACGUGCAACACGCAUGGCAAUUAAUUGUGCCGAGUAUGGGAUUGCCAGUGAGGUUGUGGAACUUCUCAUUCGAAAGUUGGAAAUUGAGCCUCAUUUUCGUCGUAAAGUGGACUUGUUCUUUCUCGUUGAUUCGAUCACCCAAUGUUCCCAUAAACAAAAAGGUAAAACAGGCGGUUUGUAUAUUCCUACUGUGCAGGCAGCCCUUCCACGCCUUCUAGGAGCUGCUGCUCCUCCAGGGACUGGUGCUCGUGAAAAUCGUCAUCAAUGUCGCAAGGUAUUGAGGUUGUGGCUUAAGAGGAAGAUUUUCCCAGAUUCUCUUUUACGUCGUUAUAUUGGUGAUAUUGGUGCUUCUGGUGAUGAUAAAACUGUUGGGUUUUCCCUACGACGUCCUUCUAGAUCUGAGCGUUCUGUAGAUGAUCCUCUAAGGGACAUGGAAGGGAUGCUUGUUGACGAGUAUGGGAGCAAUGCAAGUUUUCAGCUGGCAGGCUUUUUAUCUUCUCACAAUUUUGGAGAUGAUGAAGAAGAUGAGGAUCUACCAAGCACAUCACAUGAAGUUAAAAACAUACAUAUGGAAGAAUCAGUCCAUGCGUUACGCAAGUUAGAGGCACAUGAUAGUUCGAGUGAUAAACCUCACUGUGUAGUAGAUGUCAGUGGUGUACGUGAAAUGGAAGAUGCGUCUUGUCAGCUGACAGAUGACGUACCUUCGUAUGUCUGUGGGAUUGGAGCGAAGGAGGACUCACCGGCUGCAACCUAUGCGACUGAGAUCCCUCCUUUUCCAGCAUGUUCUCCUUCGCUACCUCAUGAAUCGCCUCCAUCUCCCCCUCCUCUACCUUCUUCUCCACCACCGCUGUCUCCGCCUCCACCCCCGACAUCUCCAUCGGAGCUGCCAUUUUCGCCACCUCCCUCUGAUCAUUUUUUUACUCCACCACCCGCUCCAUUGGCACUUCCACCGUCUUCACAAUCUAUAGCUCUAACUCGACCGUCAAUGCCUAGCCAUCCUUCAUUACUAAAUAAACCAGGAUUCACUAACCCAGCACAUGCAUCAUUGCAACAUGAAUACCAGAUAUCUAUGCAGUGGAACCAACAGCUUCGGCCGAGCAAUACCUCUUUUCUACAGAGACCUGUGAUUAGGAAUCUUGCCCCAGCACCAUCCAGCCAUUUUCCGUUUCCAAGCCUUCAAUCAGAACCCCAGCGUUCCUCCUUUCCUCAUCCUUACCCUUUUCCUUCUCAGUCAGUUGAUGGGCAGCGACAUAUGAAUGAGGAAGCAUGGCGGAUGUCUUCAAAUGGACGUAAUGCAGAUACUCAAAAUAGAGCCUGGAUAAGUGGAAGAAAUCCAUUUCCAGGCUCUCUUACUGUUACAGACGGUUUCUUUCAGCCGCCUCCCGAAAGACCUUCAGGGACAAUGAGCUAUCAGUUUGCUGCUAAUAACGUGCAAGGUGACCCGACAAUUACAGGUCAUGCUGCUUCGCAGAUGCUUCCAUCUCGGCCAGACGUACCUUUCACGGCUCGAUGGAGGCCACCCUGAAGUUUAAGUUCGAAAUAGAGAACCUGCACUUUCUUCCAUAAAGGGAUUUUUGGCGGUAUAUUCACUUCCAGAGGCCUCAAAACUCUGCAGACUAUUGUCAGGAUAUUGCUAUAUGUUGUAAUUGUUCCUGACGAAUGUAUCACCGGAUCAUAUUCUUCACAGUAUAUGCCCUAGUUUCUACUUUGGUUGUCUAGGCUGAAUGCCUUAGCAGGAACGAUGACGCAUGCAUUUCUCAACAACUGUGACUCCAUUUACCCGGUUUUACAAGAAUAUCCGUAUCGUUAUCUUGUGCACUGCUUAUCUGAAGUUGUUGAGGACUUGAGGUUUUACACUGGAACUCGGAGUGGUGGAAAUGGCGUCCUGUUUGGAUCAAGUUUCGGCGUAAUCUCGAGGUUUUUGAUUAGAUUGGGAUUAACUCAGACUUAGAAGCUUAUGAUUGGUUCUCUGAAGUCGGCAGGUUAGGUUUUUCUUUUGCAUUCUCUCUUUGGAAGGUACAGUUUGUCAAAGAUUCACCAUUUAGUAAAUACUUAUUUGAGCAUCUUUUUUCUGGUUAGAAUUAUUUUCAAUAAAAAAGCAUUGAUAAGGCAUAAGUAUUCUAAAAUUUUGUGUUCAUAAAAUAGCUACGAAGAGUCGAAACCGGUUAAAGCGCAUCUCUAUAUCAUGUGAAUCGAUCUACUAGAAUAUUCUAGAACUGAAAAGAUCUAGCUCAUCUCACUGUCAUACAAGACUAUGGGACUUUUGAUUAAGUGAUUUCAAUAAAUAAUGUUUGUCUAAUGAAGUGAAAUUGGAUUUGCCAAAACUGUCUAAUUCUGAGCAAAAAGGUUCGAACUUAUACACAUAUGUUGCAAGUUGUGCUAUUAAUUUUUUUUUACAGCAACAGCCAAAAAUCACGGCCGCUUCUGCCGCCAACGUGUUACACAAUCCUUUUCACACUGACUCGGCCAUCACAAAAGAAUGUCGGUAAGUGUAAAGUGGUUGUGGUGGUGUGACGCGUUGGUAGCAGUAGUAAUGGCGAUAGCAUGAGCGAUGACAGUGAUGAAGUCGUAAGCGGCGAUGGAAAAAAAAAAGAAGCAUUGGUUGUGCCAGCCAGAAAAAGCAGUGACGGAACAGUGUCUACUUUUGUAGAUGUUUGAUUUAAUACAACACUUGCAAAUUUUUAUGUACAUUAGUUUGUUGGAUUACGCUUUGUAGUUUAUUGUUGAUUGUUGAGAUAUAAUUUGAUAAGUUA